GGCCCAAGAGCUGUACGCAACUGCUUCAAGAUGGUUAUAAUUCCAGUGGCGAGUACACCAUUAAUCCAGAUGGCGGCAAACCAAUUCAAGUGUUAUGUGACAUGGAUACCGAUGGUGGGGGUUGGACCGUUUUUCAGAGACGUUUGGAUGGCUCCGUUGACUUCUAUCUUGGAUGGGAAUCCUACAAAAGAGGAUUUGGAAAUCUGAACAGAGAGUUACCUGAAAACGACAAUCUUCACCGUUUGACUGCUGCUGAAGACGUCAAGCUCAGAGUUGACCUGGAAGACUUUGAUGAAAACAUCAAGUACGCUGAGUACACGACUUUUAAGGUGGCAAGUGAGGCAGAUAAAUACAGGCUUUUGAUUGGAGGAUACAGUGGCACGGCUGUGACGCAGACCAAUAGACAUAAUAAUAUGCAAUUUACUACGAAAGAUCAUGAUAAUGAUAGACGUGGUAACAACUGCGCCCAAGUCUUCAAGGGUGCGUGGUGGUACAAGAACUGUCACGCAUCCAAUCUGAACGGAUUGUACCUCAAUGGUGCACAUGCUUCCUAUGCUGAUGGAGUCAACUGGUCUUAUUUUAAAGGCCAUUACUAUUCACUAAAACGAACUGAGAUGAAAUUCAAAAGCAAAAAAUAA